UGCAACUGCAACAGCAACAUCAGCAACAGCAACAACAACAUCAACGUCACCGUUACCACGAACGUCGCCGUUGCCGUAUAAAAAUGGAACCCUCAUAUGAUCACGAACAUCCACAUCAUCUGCUAACAAAUUACAAUUCAAAGAAGUAUCCGCACGUCUCGCGGACACCGGAGUACAGUCACUCCACGGGCAGCGAUUAUCCGGAGCACGGCGGCUACCUGACGGACGGUCGUCUGAUGCACGAGAGCAACAGCGAUGCGGGGAUCUACCAUGUGCGCCAGGGAAGCGAGCACUCCUCGCCCAGUCUGCACUCGCCAGCCAUACAGAGUUCCGGGUACGAGAACGAGCACCUCAACGAGGCUGUUUUGGCGGCCCACAGCCACUCGCCCAUGCCGAUGGUGUCCAGUGCCUAUGUGGGAGGCGGAGGCACUGCGUCCGGAUCGCUGAUCAGCAGCAACAUUCCGCUGCUGGGUGGUGGCGGCAACUCGGUACUUAACAAGUUUCUGUCGCAUCCCGGGAUGGCAGGGAUGGCGGGAGGAGGAUCCGCGUCCAUGGAGGACUGCACAUCGCACUCACCCAUCGAACCGGCGUCCAUGUGGAGCUACGACUACAAGGGCGAGCUGUGCGCCCCCAAUUGUGGCUAUCUGGAGCGGCACAAGCCGCUGCCCGCCGACCUCAAGUACCGACCCGGCGGGACCCAGUCAAAAAGUGCCAAAGAAUCGCGCAUCCGGCGGCCGAUGAACGCCUUCAUGGUCUGGGCCAAGAUCGAGCGCAAGAAGCUGGCCGACGAGAAUCCCGACCUGCAUAACGCGGACCUCAGCAAGAUGUUAGGAAAAAAAUGGCGUUCGCUAACGCCGCAGGAUCGCAGGCCCUACGUGGAGGAGGCGGAGCGCCUGCGGGUGAUUCACAUGACGGAGCAUCCGAACUACAAGUACAGACCGCGGCGGCGCAAGCAGUCCAAGCUGCGGGCGAUGCAGCCGGGCGGAGCCAAGGAGCAGAGCGAGAGCUCACCCAAUCCGGGCACUGGUGGAACCAAAUCGAAUCCAAAGCUGGCCACGCCGCCGCUAGCCACCGCAUCCUCCAGCUACACAACGCCCACCGACGAAAGCACCUGCAACUCCACGAACCAGAAUCCCGGUGGCCUCUACGAGCAACCCCUGAAGCCCACAUAUUCACCCAGUUCGGUGGAUUGUUAUAGUAAUGCGGAUAGCACAGAGCAGAUAGAAUCCCUGGCCUCCAACUGUCCGCCCGCCCUGCUUGGUGAGUCAACGCCCACGGGCGGAGGAGGAGGAGGAGGAGGCUACGACAGCUCGUUACUGCUCAAGAAGCUAACAAAGCCGUCGCCUAGUCGAGCGGCCAAGUCGCGACAGGAGAAGCUCUCCAAGUCGGAGGAGAAGGGCAAGGGUCAGUCGCAGGGACAGCAGAGUUUAUAUGCCGCCUCCUAUCCGCUGGCACCCACAUCAGUGGCCGUGGUGGCGGCUCGGGGAAUGUAUGUGACCUGCAACAAUAGGGGGUUACUAGACCACGGACACUCCGUCAAGGGCACCUUCUAUCCACCCGUAUCCGUUUCGGAGGACGACACCAGCUCCUCCAUGCGAAAUAGCCUAAGUGCUAUGCAGCAGCAUUGUAACUUGGCCACGAGCACACCCUCCAGCUCAGCUGGACCCAUUCCCUCCAGCGAGAUGAGCAGCUACACGGUGUCCAUGGCGGAUAACUGCGGCAAUCUGAGGCUCAGCAUGAAUGAGUUGUCCUCCGGCAAUGAGUAUUCCCUGCCCAGCGCCAAUGCGUAUGGAAUGCAAUACGAGGACUUCCUGCGCUAUCAGAGUAACGACUUGGAUUACUCAACUUCGGUGGCGGUGGAGCACAAGGAACAACCCACUCCAGAGACCCAGAAGUGCCUUAAAUACCCGGACACGAAUCAGAACUACGAUGACUACGAGGCGGAGGCCUAUAGUAAUGCCAUGCUGCCGGCCACGGCGGCCAGCUACUACACCCAGCUUCCGUAUCCGCCCACCUCGCUGGCCGCCUUUCCACUGCAGCUGGCGGUUCCCUUCCAGCAGACAGGAGCAGCAGCCGGUGCCUACGGAGCACAGCCCAUGCAGAGUGGUUACCUGCACUAUGGGAACUACGGGGGCUACGAGGGAAUGGCCCAAAAUCAAGCUCCUCCAGUGCAGCAUCAGCAGGCCUCGCAUUCGGCACCGCCUUCCUUGUCAGCACCUCCCAACCAGACGGUCACCUCGAAUCCGGCAGCCCUUCAGCAGCAGCACCAUCACCACUUUGGACCAGGACCCGGAAUGGUGGGAGUUGGCGUGGGAGUUGGAGUCGGUGAGAUGAUCUUCGAGCAGCAGCAGCGCAAAGACGAUGAGAUUAGCAACAUUCUGGCGGGAGUGCGCAAGACCUGCUACAGCAACUGACUCUGAUUGGAAAUUUGUAAUUUUGGUAACUAGAGUUUAGAGAGUGGUUUAGGUAGUCUUAAGAACGUU